CCCUGAUUGUUAGACAAGAGCUUAAGCUUGGCGUUGAUUUCCGACGCGCUGAUACAAGAUAAAAUCGACUUCGAAAAGUUAACUUGUCCUCAUAAGUCAUAACACUUUGUACGCCAUUUACGAAGCGCAUCACUUGCGACUCCGGCAACAGGACCAAUCCAAUCGCGUGUCUUAGGUUCCCGUCGAGUCCAAUACCGACCAGCCCGAUCAUAACCCAAUUGCCUGACUGCGCCAUCAUCUAGGAGGAUUGGAUAAUAAGGAGGACGGAAUUGCAGACACAUGCUUCUUCCUACAUACUACACUGCGAUAUGAGGGUCGCUAGUCACCCUCUAAUACACCGUCGCCGAUCAUGUUCUCCUCGCUGAAGGGUUUCUCCUCCAACAUCAACUCCAACUAUUCCGUAUCGCAAACCGUAGCCUCCACAGCCGGUCCGUGGAAGAUAUACGAUGCCAAGAAGAAAUCAACAGGGAAGACGUACUCCGUCUUCGUUUUCGACAGGAAGUCGAUAGAGUCGCAUGGGGGCUCUCUCGGUCGAUCCGGCGCAGCUGCCUUUAAGCGCUCCAUAGAGGAAGUGACGGAGCGCUUGAAAAAGGAAGCAUCGUCUCUCGCUAAACUACGACAUCCGAACGUCCUAGAACUUGUUGAGCCCGUUGAAGACACUAGAGGAGGACUUCAAUUCGUUACCGAAUCAGUGACUACGUCACUAGCAAGCCUGUUACAAGAGAAAGAUGAUCAGGAGAGAUCUGGCGGAGUUGGGGGUCGGUCUAGUCGAUAUGUUACCGAGAGUCCGGAUGGUACGAGACGUAGGCGGGAGAUAGAGAUCGACGAACUAGAGAUACAAAAGGGUUUACUUCAAAUCAGUAAGGCCCUGGAGUUCCUGCAUGAAAAUGCCGGCCUCGUCCACGCAAAUCUCACCCCUGAUGCCAUAUUAAUCAACUCAAAAUCUGACUGGAAAGUUAGUGGGCUUGCAUUUUGUAGCCCGCCAGAGGGCUCAACAAAACCUACUUCGGUUCAGCCCAUCAGCCUCUCGGAAGUUCUUAACUUAGAUCCUCGACUACCUCGAUAUGUUCAGAUCAAUCUUGACUAUACUUCACCUGACUUCAUCCUUGACAAUAACCUCACCAGCUCCGCCGAUAUGUUUUCAUUGGGCCUUCUAUGUGUCGCGCUAUACAAUUCGCCUCAUCGAUCUCCCGUAGAAAGUAGUGGGAGCAUCUCUGCUUACAAGAGAAUAUUCACCUCAUCCUCAACUGUACCAAACUCCGGAAAUGGAUUCUUAUCUAAGAGACCGCUGCCGAGGGACCUUUCAGCGCAUGUCUUACCCCGGUUAAUUACGAGGCGCCCAGCUCAGCGUAUGACGGCGCGUGAGUUUCAGGAAAGCGAGUAUUUCGAUAACAUCUUGAUAUCGACAAUUCGAUUCCUUGAUGCUUUUCCGGCUAAAACGCCAAAUGAGAAGGCCCAAUUCAUGAGAGGCCUCAACAAAGUUCUACCAUCCUUCCCAAAGUCGGUCAUGGAGAAGAAAGUGCUCCCGGCGCUGCUUGAAGAGCUCAAAGACAAAGAUCUCCUGUCUCUUAUCCUCCAGAAUGUCUUCAAGAUUAUGGAUCUGCUACCAUCCUCGAGGCGAGCGUUUUCGGAGAAGAUACGGCCGAGACUCAAGGAGAUAUUUGUUGUCAAUGCCAAGCAAACGCAAGAGAAGGAUCCACCUAGGGAUGCUGGUUUGAUGGUCGUUUUAGAGAACGCCCGCCUAAUAGCCGAAAACUCUUCUGGUAAAGAAUUUAAAGAUGACGUGUUACCAAUUAUUUUAGCGGCGAUCGAGUCGCCAGCACCUUCACUUAUCGAUGCUUCUCUGCGAAGUUUACCAGUUAUCUUGCCGGUUCUAGACUUCAGUACUAUCAAGAAUGAGCUGUUCCCUAUCAUCGCUGCUGUCUUCAGCAAGACCAGCAGUCUGGCUAUCAAGGUCCGCGGCUGUAGAGCUUUCGUCAUUCUUUGCGGCGGUUCGAAUGAGUCCUCAUCAGCUGAUGAUGGACUUGACGGCCUUGGACCCGAUAAGAAAAAGAGGUCGUCGUCAAGUGCUCUAGACAAGUAUACGAUGCAAGAGAAGAUCAUUCCACUCAUUAAAGCUAUCAAAACCAAAGAACCUGCAGUUAUGAUGGCGGCACUAGAUGUACUGCGAGUAGUCGGAGAUAACGCAGAUGCAGAAUUCGUAGCCAUGGACAUCCUACCUAUCUUAUGGAAUAUGAGUUUGGGGCCUUUGCUAGACCUCAAGCAAUUUCAAUCUUUCAUGGAAUUGAUCAAGUCUCUUUCCAGGCGAGUUGAGGAGGAGCAGAUUAAGAAGUUACAAGAGCUCUCCACCGUGAACGGGGGAAGGGCGCCAACUCCUAAUGAUGACUUCUUAGGAUUCGGCGGUGUUUCUGGAACAACGUUCGAUGCAACGAACGGAGCCACAGAAGAUGAUUUUGAGCGACUAGUCAAGGGGAAGUCUGUCGGAACCUCUAGCGAUCCAAUGGACUCAGGAUGGAAUGCUGCUCCAGCGGCAGCAUCAGCAUCAGUAGGCACACCACCAGUUAAAUCCCCUCAAUUUUCUUGGUCCACGCCAAGUCCAAGCUCCAACGGACCUUAUGGCCCUCCCAAAUCUCAACCGCCCUUCCGGACGGUCACACCAGAUCUGGCUUCGUUUGGAACUUUGGCCCCUUCAUCUACUCAGUUUUCACAACCCCUACAACCUACCAUGGGCACCGCGGCGAAGCCCGUGUCGACGGCACCGCAAAGUUCUUCGGCAGUCAAUUGGUCUACUUCGGCCGCACCAACCAAUGCUUGGGGUUCGAGCUCGGCUACUCCCGUGUCGCCGGCAAUGUCGUCGUUCAGCAAUGUAAGCACAGGAAUGUCGAACCUGAGUCUCGGUCAAUCGAGACCUUCUAUGAACCAGUCUUCAUCGUUUUCUCUGCCCCCGCCGCCGUCUAAAACGAGUGCUACGCCGACCAGUUUCAGCUUGGCCCCGCCGCCCGGGGGCGCUCAGAGACAAAAUUCGACAUCGUCCUUCGGCCAGCCUACUAGUAGUUUUGGUGCCACGUCUCAUCAGCCCUCUGGGAGCAUGGGUAGCAUGAUGAACUCGGGGGUGGGAGGUGUGAAUAGGAGUAUGAACAGCAUGGGCAGUAUGAUGGGAAGCAUGAACACGAUGACACCGAGCCAACCGGUAUCCCAACCGCCGGCGCCGCAGCAACAACAGCAACAGCAACAGCCUCAAAGGUCGGGAUUAGAUAAGUACGAGAGCUUGCUGUGAAGGCAUCAAAAACGAACCGGCGAGUCGUCGGUAUUUAUCAAUGGGAACUCGUUACAUUUUGAUGUCAAAGUUGGUCAUCAUGAUCAUGUUUGUAGCAUUCAGAUUUGAAUGCCGACUCUUUCUUAGAACAUGUUUGGUUGUGCGGAUACCCGAGUAGUUGAUGUCUAGGAGAUAUCUGCAUUAGCCAGGGAGGGGUUUGGGGAGGUCCGGACUUUAAAAAAAUGAUUCUUUUAAGAAUCUGGUGUCAUCUACUGCAAUGCACGUAUCCUACUACUACUACUGCUACCCACUCCACUGGAAAGCCGAGGACGAAGAGUAAAAAGUGGUUUCCAUGAGAAACCCCACGGUAGUUUAAUACCCAGAUAGUUUGGUUAUAGCAUAUUAUCGGAAUAUGAAAGGUGUUCCCCCAAUCAUGGAAGCUGUUUGGCUAAUUAAUUGCAACGUAGAAGAAGUACGUGAAGUGUGCUUCUGUGCAAGACCCUAUGUGAUAUAGCUCGUCUCUU